CGUUUGCUAGCCUUUUCUAUUUCUUGACUACAACCUUACGUCGAGAGUUGUAGUCUUUUCACGCUCCAAAGACGCCGCUACGCAAUGAGCGAUACGACCUAUUCAAACUACAUUUCCCAUGAUUCUCCUGUUUUUUUUAGCGGUUUGACAGGCGGCAUACGCUCCUUGUGUUGCAGUCUGCCGCAGCUGAGCUAAUAGAGUCGUUAGCUAACGCACGACAGGAUGGGUGUAUCAGAUUUACAGUUUGAUACAAAGGAUGGUCCUGUGGUGGAUCUCUCAGCCCGGGGUAUGCAAAAGCUGGAUCCUAGUUUCACCUGCUCCGAAGAGACUCACACUCUCAUCCUGGACCGUAACCACAUCAUGAAACUGGACCACCUGGAAAGGAACCCGGGCCUUCAGCAGCUUUCCGUAGCCAGUAACCGCCUGGUGAGGAUGAUGGGCGUGUCUCGGCUAACAGAGCUGAGAGUCCUCAAUCUGCCCAAUAACAGUAUCGGAUACAUUGAGGGGCUAAGAGACCUGCCACACCUGGAAUGGCUCAACCUGUCCGGGAACAAUAUUAAGGUCAUUGAGCAACUCAACAACUGCGUUUCCCUUCAACAUCUGGAUCUGUCUGACAACAACAUAUCAACCAUCGGGGAUCUGACUAAACUGGUGGCAUUAAAGACACUUUUGCUCCACGGAAACAGCAUCACGACACUUCGUACUGUUCCUGCUCAUCUCCCUGCUCAUCUGUCUAUCCUCUCCCUGGCAGAAAACGAGAUUAGGGACCUCAAUGAAGUAUCUUAUCUGGCGCCUCUCCAUGACAUGGAGCAGCUGUCCAUUAUGAACAACCCUUGCGUGAUGGCGACCCCCUCGUUGCCAGGAUUCGAUUAUCGCCCUUAUAUCAUGAGUUGGUGUCUGAGCCUGAAGGUCCUGGACGGUUAUGUCGUGUCACAGAAAGAAGGCCUCAAAGCGGAGUGGCUCUACAGUCAGGGGAAAGGACGUUCAUAUCGACCGGGUCAGCACGUUCAGCUGGUUCAGUACCUGGCCACUGUUUGCCCUCUAACGUCAUCGCCAGCGCUGGAGACGGCGGAAGAUGCCAAACUGGAGAAGAUCCUCAGUAAACAGAGGUUUCACCAGAGGCAGCUAUUAGAGGAGACCGGUGGAGGCUGUCCCAGCCCUCCUCGUCCGACUCAGCUCGACGUGGAGAGCCACAGUCCUUCACAUGCAGCUCCACAAGGGGGAGUCAGAGAGGUGAAGAAAAUCAGUGCACCAGCACCAGUCGCUGCUCCAUCAGUCCGGGACACAGAGCCAGUCAUGCAGUUUAACACCUGGGUGAGCUGUGAUUCUUCCCACCCGUCGUUACCGGUGGUUCGCAGUCCGAGGCACGGAGAGGAGCCCAUCUACUUGGAGGACGUCCAGACAGAUGAGGACAAACUCAACGGCAGCAUGCUUUCCUCGGAGUCCACCUUCCUCCCUUUCACCUCUGAUCUGGAGCCACAGACGACCCACUCUGACAGCGAGGACGAGACGGAGACGUUUGAACCUGAUUCACUGGCUCCGAAGCGACCAGCACAGCCCAAAAAGCACAACAACGCAAACAAGCCACAUGGUUCCCCCACUGUGGAUAAGCAAGAAGAGGAAGUAAUUUCUGUGGCAGCCACAACAGCCGGAUCACCGGAGGUCAGAAUCAGCACACCACAAAACGAUCUGGAAACAUCCUCUGACUUAAGUAGAGUUGAGAUGAAAGAAUCCCCCAAGCAGGAAGAAGCUGGCGUGUGUGCCGGUAAAUCGAUUUUGAUGGAAGCGGACAAGGCAGCGGUUAAAAUCCAGUCAUGGUGGAGGGGACAGCACACCCGCUGUUGUCACCCGAUGGCCAGAGAGGUGCGCAGCGAAAUCCGUCUGCGGAGGAUGCAAGAACACAUCGUCUUCCUGUCUGAGAAGUUAGACAGGGUGCAGCAGCAGUAUGAAGAGGAGAGGUUACAAAGGCUGGUUCAGGAGGAAGCUGUGAAGUUUCUGUGGAAAGAGCUCCAGUCUAUGCAGCAGUGGAAGCAGUCUGUGCAGCAGCAGCUGGCGUGCAUUACACCGGCUCAGUUCUUAGCUCCUGGACAACGCGAGGCCGCCCCGCCUGCUGCAUCCGGCACGACGAACCCGCCCAACACAGACGUCUCCUUCCCAGACUCCGGCUUCCAGUCGACGAGCGAUCAUCACACGGCGCACGAGGACAGCUUCCUGAGCAGCGGGACGGCAGACUCUCUGAAGACGGUGCGAGCGCUGAGCCCGGUUCGUAGCGGCGGCGUGGACAGCGCAGACUGCAGCCUGUUGGAGCAGUACCUCUCCUCUGUACAGCAGAGGGAGGAGGAGGCCGAGGAGGUGAUCGCUGAUAGAACAGAUACACCACAGCCCUCCUCACCGGUGUCACCCAGCAAAACAGCACAGCACAACUCCCCCCAACAGAAGGCAGCAGACAACCAAUCAGAUGUGCAGAGAACGGAGGGAACCAAUCCCAGCCCUGUCUGAGGGCCUAAUAGACACUGUACAGGUCUACUGAGUGUGUAUAAAGUGACAAUGACUGAUGCACUCAGCCUGAUUGCUAACCGAGCUCUCAAAUAGCACUGGACUUCCUUUGUUUAUCAAGACAGGCUUGAAAACAAUACUCUCCUGUGAAUGUAACUAAGUUUGUUUUAUACUCUGUUCUGUUAUUUAAUGAACACUUUCCUCCUCUGUGUGAAGACAAUGAUUGUGAUGUAGCAGAAGGUGUUAGUAACUUUUACGAUGGAGUAGGUUGCUACAGAUUAGGAGCUGACAUGUUAAACGUAGUGCACUCGUAACCACCGAUAUAUAGUACACAAGCAUACUAUCUAUUAUCACAUACACCUGGAAAUGUUGUAUCUUUAUCCUCUUAAAAAGUGUAAAUAAAUCAGCAUUUAUUAUUUUCAAA